UUGGGUUUCUGACUCUGCUUUUACAUUUAACACUACUGAUAUGCAUCUUCAUGUGCAGCACCCUUGGCGGAGGAUGAACCACGAUACCAAAACCUACGUGGCCCAAUUCACCGGGCCGGCCCAAUUUUUAAACCCAUCGCAUCCAUUGGAUUUUCUUCUCUUCUUCCUCGGUAACGUUUUUUCUCACUGCAUCAGACACCAUAGCCACCGCACACUGUGGUUGUGUAUGGUUCUUAAAUGAAAAAAUCCCAACCCCUGUUCCUUCUUCUGCACCAUCACAAUCGCAAACCCUUCUCUUCCGCUGCUCCUUUCCCUCACCAACCUUCUCUCCCCUCUCAAAUCUUCCUCAUUCUCUCUCGCCCCCAAUGGCGAAAAGACCCUUCCCUUGAUUCCCUAAUCCCUGCCCUAACCCCUUCCCUUCUCUCCUCUCUCUUCAAUCUCAACCCCGACCCUCUCACCGCCCUAAAUUUCUUCCGAUGGAUCCGCCACAAACAUUCCUUCGUCCACACCCUCGGCACCUACGAGUCCCUCCUUCUUAUCCUCGUUCGACACGGAACCCUUCGUGCCGCCGAGAAUGUCCGCAACUCUAUGAUCAAGUGCUGCGCCUCCGCACACGACGCCAGGUUUGUGCUGAAUCUCCUCCGCCGAAUGAACACCGCCCCCGAGGGUCACGAACUCUCGUUUAAGCUCUCUAUCACUUCCUAUAAUAGACUCCUCAUGUGCUUGUCUCAUUUUUCUCUGUUCGAUGAAAUGAUAAGUUUGUAUAAGGAGAUGUUGGAUGAUAACGGGGAUGGCAGUGGUAAUGGAAAUGGUGAUGUUUUCCCUAACUUGAUCACGUUGAAUACCAUGUUGAAUUCUUAUUGCAAAUUGGGGAACAUGUAUGUGGCAAGACUGUUUUUGACUAGGUUGUUAAUAUGUGGGUUUUCUCCCGAUUCGUUUACGUAUGCUUCCUUGAUAUUGGGUUAUUGUAGAAGCAAUGAUGUAGAGAGAGCUUAUAGAGUGUUUCAGAUUAUGCCGCAGGGGAGGAAUGCAGUUCCAUAUACUAAUCUUAUACAUGGGCUUUGUGAAGCUGGGAGGCUUGAUGAUGCUCUUAACUUGUGGUCGCAGAUGAGGGAGAAUGGUUGUUUCCCCACGGUUCGGACUUAUACUGUUCUCAUCGGUGCGUUGUGCGAGUCCGGGAAAGAGGUGGUGGCUUUGAGUCUUUUUGGGGAGAUGGUGGAAAGAGGUUGUGAGCCUAAUGUUUAUACUUAUACUGUUUUGAUUGAUUAUUUUUGCAAGCAGAGUAGGAUGGAGGAGGCCGUGGCAAUGUUAAACAAAAUGGUGGAGAAAGGCAUGGCUCCUAGCAUUGUCUCGUACAAUGCCUUGAUUGGUGGUUAUUGUAAACAGGGGAGGAUGGAGGAUGCUAUGGGGGUUUUGGGUCUGAUGGAGUCGAAGAAAGUUUGUCCCGAUGUGCGGACGUAUAAUGAGUUGAUUUGUGGUUUUUGUGAGGGUAAAAGUAUGGAUAGGGCAAUGGCUCUACUUAAUAAAAUGGUUGAGAAUAAAUUGUCACCAAAUGUUAUUACAUAUAACACAUUAAUACAUGGGUUGUGUAAAACAGGAGUUGUAGAUAGUGCAUCUCGCUUGUUUCAUUUGAUGAUUAAAGAUGGUUUCAGUCCGGAUGAGCGGACUUUUAGUGCUUUUAUUGGCUCCUUCUGUAGAAUGGGCAGGGUUGAAGAAGCUAAUCAGAUCUUGGAAUCCCUCAAGGAAAAAAAUGUCAAAGCAAAUGCACAUAUAUACACAGCUUUGCUUGAGGGAUACUGCCAAAGUGGGAAAAUUGAAGAUGCCCUACUAUUGUUCAAAAGGAUGGUUGCAGAGGACUGUUUGCCUAACUCAGUCAUGUUCAAUGUAUUGAUAGAUGGCUUACGCAAAGAGGGUAAAACGCAAGAUGCAAUGUUGUUGGUGGAAGACAUGGGAAAGUUUGGUGUGAAGCCCACUCUUUAUACUUAUACCAUUCUUGUUGAGGAAGCAUUGAAAGAAUUUGACUUUGGCCGAGCUAAUGAAAUUCUCAACCAAAUCAUUUCUUCUGGAUAUCAGCCUAAUGUUGUCACGUAUACUGCAUUUAUCAAGGCAUAUUGUAGCCAAGGAAGAUUAGAGGAGGCCGAAGAGAUGGUGGUCAAGAUUAAAAAUGAAGGCAUAUUGCUUGACCCCUUAAUCUAUAAUUUAUUAAUUAAUGCAUAUGGAUGUAUGGGACUACUUGAUAGCGCAUUUGGUGUUCUCAAACGCAUGUUUGACACUGGCUUCGAGCCUUCUUAUCAAACAUACUCCAUUCUAAUGAAGCAUCUAAUCUUUGAAAAACAUAAGGAAGGCAGCAAUCAUGUGGGGCUUGAUUUAAGUAAUGUAUCUUUUAACAAUGCAGAUAUAUGGAAUAAAAUUGAUUUUGAAAUCACUACCAUGCUCUUUGAGAAAAUGGCAGUAUGUGGCUGUGUGCCCAAUCUUAACACUUACAGCAAGCUUAUUAGAGGGUUUUGCAGAGUAGGACGUUUGGACAUAGCCUUCAGUUUGUAUCAUGAUAUGAGGAGAAGUGAAAUCUCUCCCUCUGAAAGUAUUCAUAAUUCUCUUCUUAGCAGUUGUUGCAAGUUGGGAAUGUUUGUGGAAGCAAUGACACUGUUAGAUUCUAUGAUGGAAUGUGGUCAUUUAGCCCAUCUGGAAUCAUAUAAGCUUCUUAUUUGUGGGCUGUUUGAACAAAUGGACAAAGAAAAGGCUGAAGCAGUUUUUCAUAGUUUACUACGAUGUGGGUAUAAUUAUGAUGAAGUGGCUUGGAAAAUUCUAAUUGAUGGCUUAGCUAGGAAUGGAUAUGUUGAUCAAUGCACAGAAUUGCUGAGCCUUAUGAAGAAGAAUGGCUGCCAUUUACAUUCUGGAACAUGCUCUAUGUUAAUGCAGGAACUGAAUAGAGUUGAAGAAAAUGAUUGUUAAUUAUUUCCUGGAAUGGAACAGUUACAUUUCUUAUUAUUCAUAUCACCUAAUGUCUGGUUCUGAUACACAAUUUAGUUUCACAGCAAGACACUUUGGUGCUUUAUUUUUUUGUUGACAAACUAUUGAAUGCUGCGAGUGGAUAUUUGCUUGUCUGCUCUGGUGCUGCAAGUGGAUAAACUAUUGGAUGGUGGAUAUUUGCUUGUCUCCUCUGGUGCUGCAAGUGGAUAAACUAUUGGAUGUUGGUAACCGGCUUAUCCAUGUUUUCUACUGUACUUCCUGAACUUUAAUGUCAGGCUCAAGAUCCAGUAAAAAUCUGUUGGUAAUAAUACAUGUGGAAAUGUAAUCGGGAAAAUUUAAUUUAUUCCUGUGAAUUAGGCUGAUUUACGUAUCUUAGAAUGAGGUAGAUUGAUGUGAUUUUUUAUUUUUAUAAUUUUUAUUUCCUUUUUUUCUCAAUUAGGUGAGAUGAAGAUGUCUGUAAAUAAGUACCAUAUGUAAUCUCUCUAAACACAAGUCAGAAAUACAAUUCAGAUUUUUUACUUUCCUUUCACUUCUUUCUUUUUGCAUGCAUUGGAGGAGUACCAUCUUCUGUGACCUGUUCCAUCUCCACUUAACUGCUGAGCUCCCUGCUCAUGCCAUUAUCAUCUCUUAUAUGCAGCUGUUUUUUUUUUGUUAAUUGAUGGACAUUUGCUACUGUUUGGCUGUAGCUGUUUUUUUCUAACCUAGUUCGGUCUUUGGAUCUCUCGUAAAAUUCCACUUGUUUGACGGCUAUGUAAGGGACUUAAGUGCAAAAACAAAAGAUAUAAGUAAGGGAUCCAUUAGCAAAAGGCAAUCAUCAGACUCUUUUCUGGAUUUUCUGUUUUCUGUUUUGUUGCUGCAUGUGUCAUGACUGACACUGAGUCGUGACCUGCCUCCUCCUUGAGUAAAUAAAACAGUGCAGAAAUUCUUUUAUUUGUGUUCUCUAUUUGUUUUCUCCUUUCAUGUUACUCAGUUUCUGUCCGAUAUUACUACAUUUGGCUCCUUUAUUGUACCCCAUUUUUACUGGCUUCCUUGCAGCAUGGUGUCCUUUUUCACUGUCUUUAUUGCAGCAUUUAUCACCUUCAUAGGCUGUCUUCAUUAUAGGCAGUUAGCAGCAGUCUUCAGUGCUGUUUCACCUGAUAAAAAGAAAACAAAGGACAAAAUUCCAAUGAGAGCUUACUCUAUAACCAAGGGACUCUUUUUUUGUCUCCAAAUAUAAU